GCGCAAGUCUGAUUUAUGAACGAAAUACCUUUCAUUCACGUCCAUAAUUUUUUGCAUUUCGCGUAUUGCAUCUUCUUGCUAUACGAAACUGCAUUUAUUUCCCUUAGGAAGGAUAGAAUAGUGUUAUCGCGGGACAGAAUUAAUUAUAAUGUAAUUUAUUUUGUAUUGUGCCUACAUAUUUCUUUGUGUCAACAACGAAUUGGUGAAGUAGGUACAGUGGAAGUGAAGUGUUUCCUGUGUUGAAAUGCGAAAGUUAUAUCAUUUUCUAAUAAUAAUGUUUUGUUGAUAAAGUGGGUGAUAAUCUUUCAAAAUGAUGCAAUCAAAUACAGAAGGAUGCAUGAAUAUAGCUGAAUUGGCAAAUCAAUUACGUCGAGAAAAAAUCUUUAUUAAUUCCGAGAGACAACUGUUACAAAAUCUCAAUGAAGAAUUGGAAAAAAGUGCUUUGGAAUUGUUGCAACAGUCUUGGAUUUGUUCCCAACAACGGCAAAACCUCACUAACUUGAUAACUUCAAGAUGUGAGGCAGACUCAAUUGCUGCUUGCCAGAGGGCCAGCCUUCUUGAGAGCACCACCUUUAUUGAUGUUUACAAGGUCUUGAAGUACAAAGAAGCGAAUGCUUUGGGUGAACUCCUCGGAUGGCUCAAGGAUACUCCGCACCUGAUGGCUCUCUGUCUCAUGUUGGGAGAGGAGCACAUGCCUCCAUCCUUACCCUCUGCUCUCGUAGCCGGAUUGUAUGGAAGCUGUAGAUCCCCACUGGACAGAACUCGCCUGUUAGCUGUUAUCCGAUCUUUAAUCAAACAUCAGAUGGCACCAUCAAGUGAUCCCAGAAAAUUGUUCCGCACAAACAAAUGUGCUCUAUCGUCGCUCUACAGUAUAUAUCGGGAUGGGCAUUCACCAGCGAGACAGUUCCUUGUGGCAGCUUUACAGGGUCCCGUGAUGGCGGUGUUGCAUGAAGACGAGUUCUUCCUUGACGCCGAUCCAGAUAAGGCCAUGGAAAGAUUCUCACCGGCGGACCGCCUCAAGAAGUUCGGCCAAUCGAACAGCAGCGAAUAUAGCGCGAAGGUGGCGAGAUACCGCAAGUGGACCGUGCAGUCGCUGUACAACCUCACCAGCAAGUUCAUAGCGGCGCUGCGGGAGUACUGGCCAAACUUCCCGACCACCAUAGCGUGGAUCGUUCAACAGAUUGUGCACCUGUUGAAGCAGCAUUCGAGGAUAACCGAACGCGAAGUGCACGCAAUAUGCACGGACCUUGUGUUCAACCACUUCAUAUGCCCCGCCAUCGUAAACCCGGAGGCGCACGGUGUGGUCGACAUACCGGUGUCGUAUAUAGCGCGGUUCAAUCUCAUACAGAUAGCGCAGAUCAUACAGAUGCUGUGCCUAGCGAGGUAUCAAGAGGUGGAGCCCAAGGUGCGCGACCUGUACACCAAGUUCGAGCGCUCGUGCGUGUGGUCGCUGAUAGAGGCGGUGACGAGCCCGGCGUGCGGCCCCGCGCCCCCCGCGCCGCCCGCGCCCGACGCGCCGCUGCGCACCGACGCGCCGCCCCGCACCCAGCUCGCGCUCUACACCUACUGCGACGUGCAUGCGCUGAUUACGUUUUUACGAAGAAUAUCCUCUAAACUCAACAACAACGCAUCUAACGGUAACGCUCAAGAGACCAAUGGGAGCGCCUCCUCGAACGAAGUUGCCAAUUUUGGCUUGAUCAUCAUCACUUCGGGCGGCUCCAGUGCACUCCCCUCCUUCUCCUCGCUGCUCCUAGGUAUCCUGGGUUUCGGCACUUUGCCGAGUAUGCCGCGCUUGUUGCCGCAAUUCUCGGGGGUCUCUUUGCUCUCCGGUGUCGGUCUAAAAAUACAUAUUGCCGGCGAGCUGGCGCAGCAGGUCGUGCAGGCGCGCGCGGUAGUUGGGCUCGAGAGUGUGCAGCAGCGCCGCGAGACGUGCGCAGCCAUCGCCGCUCUCGCCGUCCGCGUCCGAUGUCUCCAGGCUGGAGGAGGAGGUGCUGUCCCUGGUGGGAACGAUGUUUAUGGUCGUGACUAUAGUAACUAUAAGUUGUUGUUCUCGGUAUCCCACGACGAAGUGUCUCUCGGCAAUACGUCGGAUAACCUCGAAGCGGUGUCCGAGGCGGCUUCUAACCACAGCGUCACCUCCAGCCUUGAGUUGGAGACGGAGGACCAGAACGACAAUAUGUCCGAUAUGGUGUCGGCUAACGUGAGUGGCAGGGGCAGUCCCAAUAUAUCUGGGCGUGAGACGCCCUCGUCGCAGGUCACAGAUGGGGAUACCGCGGGUGAUCAACCGCCUAGGCGUGCACCACAAAAUGCGCCAGUGAACCAAGCGUCCAGCGCCAACCAAGCCAAACUCUUGAAGCAAACUCGCAAUGAAAUCGAAGACAAGUUCUGUAAAUUCGAGAUUAAGAAGCUUCUGGAAGGCGACGAGACUAUCAGCAUAAUGUCGGACACAUGGAGCACGGAUGUGUUGGCGUCCGACUCCGAGACCAUCGGCGAUACGUGCGACCACGCGCAAAAUGCCAACACACAAGGUUCAACCGGAAACAAUACGAACGUGCCGGACGUGUCGGAGACGGCGAGCGAGUCGGCGUGGAGCGUGGACGUGCUGGCGUCCGACAGCGAUCGGAACACUGAGGUGGAUACGGACGACUGCGUGUCGGUAGCGGCCCGCCCGGACACGUCGUGGCCGCGUCGUCCCUCCGCGCACGACGACUGCAUACUGAGACCGCAGAACGGCACCGCAAAGAGACCGGACAUGAACAGCCCUCGGCACACGCCUAGAGCAAACCUCCCCCACUCACCGAACGAAACACAGCAGAAUGCUAUUUCACGCCGGUCUUCUGUGGGGCUUUGGUCCUUCCCCGGUGCGAGCUGGCCCAAUUCGUACCGAAGUGUGCUCGACUACCACAUUAAAAUAUAUAUUUAUUCCUUUGACCAGGUAAUGACAUGCUACGCCACAUCAGCUCCAGAGAGCCCGAGCACUGCGCCGGCGCAGCUCACUGCAGAUGUUUUCGACUACCCGCAAAAUAACAACAACCCACCAGCGGAGAACCCAGAGGAAGAGGCCGACAACCAGCACACCAGCACCGGCUCGGACGCCACCAGCCAGUGGGUGACGGACAGCUUCCCGCGGCUGGACGGUUUCGGCGCCAAGUACAUGCCCUCCACCUCCAAGGGCUAUGAGGAGAGCGACCCUAUGGACAGGUCGCUGAACUCGAGCGAGAGCUCGUUCAACGCGCUGUCCGUGUCGCAGUGCGGGCGGUUCGACGGCGAGCCCGAGCGGCCCGAGCGGCCCGACGAGCCGCGCGUCAACGAGCUCAUCGCGCGGAUGAGUUGCGCCGCCAUCUCCAGGUCCAGCAAGAGCGAGAUCCGGACCAGUGUUGUCAACAUAAGCUCGUCGCGCAUAGAGCGACGCCGCGACACGCGCGACGUGCGCGACCAAGCGACAAGCAACAUUUCGCUGAGCACGCUGUCAGUGAACAGCGAGACGUCGGUAUCGGCGGCCAGCUCCAGCCAGGACGUGAACUCGGAGAACGUCACCGAGAGGAGAGUGAGCCCGCCGCCGGCCAAACUCUCCACUGGCGCGAUACCCAAGAGUAUCAGCUUCGAUGCUACCGCCGAGAAGACGCAAAGGAGACGCCUGGUCGGCGAGGAGAUAGUCGGCAACCUGGACGAGCUGAAGAGCAACGUGAAGCGGUCCGGCGGCAACCUGCUGCACAAGAUCAAGAUGUUCCGGCAGAAGGGCCGGUCGCAUCACAGCGAGGUGAAAGUGACAGAAGAAGAUGUCCGGAGCGACGACCGGAGCACGGAAGGCGGCGAGAGUUCCGAGGAGAUUCUGGCCAAGUAUCGCCGACACGCCGACAGCAAGCAGCGCAAGCUCACCCGCCGACCCUCCGACGUGGCCGACACUGAGCUGGACAAAAACGAGGGUGUCGUCGAUUUGAACGACCCGGAGGUGUUCGACAGUAUGAAGCGGCGGCUCCGUACCGUCCUCUCCAACACGGACUUCCAUUGCGUCGAGUAUGUGCCUAAUCGCUGCAGCAGCACGAGCCUGGCGGAGUGGGUGCGCGCGGGGCGCGGCGCGGGCGCGGCGGCGGCGGCGCGCGCGCUGGCGGCGGCGGGGGCGGGCGCGCGCGCCGCCCGCCUGGCGGCCGCGCUGCGCGCCGACCUGGCCGCGCGCCGCCCCUACGCCGCCUACCUGGCCACCUGCCGCGCCGCGCGCGCGCACGCGCUGCACGACCUGCGCAGCCAGAUCAAGCUGGUCCGCUGGGAGGUGUCGGAGAGCGCGCGGUGCGCGGGCGCAGCUCGCGUGCUGGAGCAGCUGGAGCGCGGCGCGCCGCUGCGCCGCCUGGCGCGCCACCACGCUGCGCGGGCGCACCACGCGGUCAACGGUGGAGAGCUGAUGGAUGAAAAAGCAACCCGACUCACGGCCAGCAUAAAGGCGAUCACCGCGGAAGUUAAGGCCGAUCCAUCUUGGGAAGGUGCGACACCAACGGUGGUGGAAAGUGUGGAGGUGACGGUCGAGAGGGCGGUGUUCGCGAGGCUGUACCUGCAGGUGCUGUUCCCGAAUGGGGACGGCGACAUUGCUAGGGAUCAGGUGCUGAGCGAGCACAUGCGGCGGCUGGCGGCGUGCACGAGCGCGCGCGGCGCGGGCGUGGCGGCGCGCCACGCGUGGGCCGCGCCCUUCCCGCACGCGCAGGCGCUGCUGCGCCACCUGCCCGUCUACCGCACGCCGCGCGACAAGGUGGCAUGUAUAAUGCGUGUAGUGUCGUCGCUAAUGGCGGUGCUGUCGCUGACGGACGGCUCGCCGCCCGCCGCCGACGACCUCACGCCCGUACUGGUGCUCGUCAUACUUAAGGUGAAUCCACCGUCGCUGCUGUCGACCAUCGAGCUGGUGAACGCGCUGGGCGGCGGCGUGCUCGCGGGCGAGGCGCUGUACUGGUGGACGCAGUUCUGUGCCGCCGUCGCGUACAUCAAGACCAUGGACUACGCGCCCGACACGUAGCCCCCGCCGGCGCUGCCCUCCAAGUCAGCGCGCCCAAAAUUCUACCAAUUGGAUGGUGUCUCGAUGCGUGAGCGCCGCAACACUGUAUAAUUGUUUAACAAUAUUGGAAAAUAUUAUAAGGCGGAUUUGUAUAAUAUGUAAAGAAAUCGAUUUUACGGAGCUUAAUACAAUGCAAGUAAGUUAUUAUUUCGAGUAUAAUGUAGAUGGAAAUACAAUGGAUGUUAUUACUAAAUUACAUAUAUUUUUUGGUCAGAACCAGUACAAUCUUGUUCGAUAUUUAAAAAUGUAAUAAGAAAAAAAAUAACGCUUAUAACAUAAUGUCAAAAUGACAUUUCACGCAUAUACACACAUGUGUACAACAACAUAUUUCGAUAAGAAAAAACAGAGAAAAAUAUCGGAUAUCGUUUAAAAAUGGUUACCAUUUGUUAUUUUUAAAGUAGGUCCACUUUUAAUGUAGUUUUUUUCCGAAUUUCAUAAUAAUGUAACUUCAUAAAAAUACGAUGACUAUAAUAAUUAGCCGAUAUGCGUUGUUCUAAAUUUUCUAAUCGUGUUGUCUACAUUAUUCGCAUAUAAAUAAUUGUAGGUUUCUUUUAAAAAUAGAAAAUUAUUUGUGUAACAUAAUACGUAGAAACCUGCAAAAUUGUCUGCGUGCUUCGAUCACAAUAUAUAAUUACAGAAAUAUAUUUUUUGCUUCUAACAUAUCUCUUACAAGAAUUACGCAUAAUCGCAUCGCAAUUUUAAAUAACUGCUUAAUAAAUCCUGUUAUUUAUAAUUAAUUAUAAUUGUAUUUGCUUAUAUAUGGCAACACGUAAAACCAUAAACAAUCGGCUACUAUGAAAUUUCCAAAUCAUAGAGAAAACAACAAAAUAUAGUUGUCAUAUUUUAUAAAAGAAAUUACUAGAAAAUAUGAAAAUUAGCGCUAUUGUCAAAUAUUAAAUGUGCUUCCUAUAUAAUUUUAUUUAUUAAUUUAAUAUCAACGUAUCAUCCAACACGCUACUAAGAAACUAACCUUGCAUAAUGAGGUGACAUUACCGUGUAAAAAAUUAACUCUUUCAAAUGUGUAAAGUAAAUUAUGAUAUUGUAAUUAAUAAAAUAAUAAAGUAGCAGAUUAAUGGACGAGUAUUCAAUACAGUCUUAUCGCUUAAUUCCUUGAAUAGUGUUAGAUAUAAAAUUGGUAGAUGUUCGCAUUCGUCUAUAAAUCACUAAACUGACUUAUAUAAUCUGUGAUGUAACGUUUUAAAUACUCGACGGUUAUGUAUUUUUGGAUGUUUUGCUGGUGAACUCGUGAAAGGAGAAGAAAUUUUAAAUCUCGGAAUAGUAGUCGUAGUGUGCGCUCUUGCUAUUUACUAUUAAACAAUAAAUAAAUAUAAACAAUAGAUAAAAAAAAAACUUAUUAUUUUAGAAUGCAUGAGUUACGAAAUGGUUUAAAAAGUUGAGAUAAGAAAAACGAGUGUGUCUCAGGACGUCAGACAGAAAUUAUGUCUUAAACUAAAUACGGCUAGCGCUGUGGGUCACAGUGCGAGAGCGAGAGCCUGUCUAUCCGUAGCCGAAUAGACAGGCACCGUAACGCGUUACGUAACGAAGUGGACAUCUUCCAUAAGAUGUCACUAUGUCAAUAAGUUAACUACUUAAAAGUUUUGCGCCUUUUAAAUCUUGACUAAUUAGGUGACAUCUUAGUAAUUUGUACUCACAAUUAGAUUGUAUUUAGACCUAUUUCGAUUACGCCUUAAUGUGAUUUUUUUUUUCAUUAAAGCGUUGUUUUUAAUAAACAAAUGCAUAUUUAAAUCAAGUGAUAGAUAAAUCAUAUUUAAUUAGAAUACAAGUAAAUCUGUUAAAUAUUUAUACGUAACCAUUCAAUAUACAUCACAAAUCAUAAUAAAUUAUACAUAUGCAUGCAUUACUUUACACAUAUAUGUCUUAUUACUAUUUUAUUCUUAAUUGCCAUUAAUAUCUUUACUUCAAUAAAUAGAAACCAAAAAAAUCAAAGAAUCUCGUAUAGCUAAUCUCUAAUCUCUAGCUAUACUUAGUCUGUUAUCCUCAAAAAUAUCGCAGAUUUAACAUUAUGUAUUCUAAUCGUUUGAAAAAUUAAAUUCACAAUCGCCUAGUAAAAGAUCGUACAAAAAUUGUCCAAGCGGCGUUCAUACAUAUAUAUAACAUUCAUUUAAAUUUACACCCUAAUUCGUCGCAGUAAUGUGCAAACUAUAUAGUAUAGAUUCAUUAGAAAAUGGUCACAUACACGCGUAGGCAGAGUUUUGUAUGUGUUUGUCAAUCGAGUUGUUUGUAGGUUAAUGUUCAAAAAUACAAAAAAAUAACAUCGUAACUAUAAAACUUAUCGAUAUAUUCAUCAUUCAAAUGUUAUGUAACCGCUUAUAAAUGAAAUCAUUACGGAUGCAACGAAAUUGGUUCUAAUAAUAACUCAAUAGGUGUAAAAUGGAGGGUUUUGCAAUUAAACUUUCGCACUCGUUUGUCAGGCACACUUUACGUGUAACACUCACUUUAAAAUAAUGUCAAAUUAUCGUGAAUGUAAGUUGUUGUGGUGUUAAAUUCGAAUUUAUUUAUAAUUAGCUAAAUACGCUGGUAGAAUGUAACGAUUUUACCGGUGAGUUAUCGAUUGUAUUUUCUUACUUGGAAAUAGCCUUAGAUAAUAGUAGUUAUGCGAGUAUACAAUUUAGAAAUACGCGGGUUUAAAGCUGGUAGUAGAGUCCGCGCCAUGAAAGAAGUCCCAAAAAUUACCAGAGAAAGGUAUGUACUAAAUUUCACAGGUGCGCCAUGCUGUAGAAAAAGCUCACGGGUUAUCCCUACCACUACGACUUGAACUGAAAAGAUUAAGUAUGGGUUUUAAUGAAACUAAGGAUUGUUUUGACACACUUGAAUAAAUGUUGUCUACACACAUGCAGACUAAACACACCAUCAUUACCAAAUGGACUACGGAUGUUGAAUAACUAAUAGAAAUAUUUAUACUUAAAAGGGUAAUGUUACAAUUGUUUACUAUCUUGUCGAAACUCUUGCGUAAAUUAAUAAAUUAACAUCCAUACUCAAAGAAUCAAGCUGUUUUUUCUAUGACCCUUUUAUAUCUAUCUUACGCAGCAAUUUAAUAACACUGGCAAUAUAAUUUUAUCCGCUAACAGCGCCACGUCUAGGGACUUCUUCCGUGGCGCACUCAUAUUUUUAGAGACCAUACAUUUAUUACUUUUUAAAUUAAAUACUGGCGCCACCAUAGCGGGUGGUCAUAGGUCCUUAGCUAAUUAAAAAACAAAAAAUCGCUUUGAAAAUUGUGUCUUUAUUUGCUAAUAGUGUUAGACUAUCUGCCUCUAUAUUACAAAGGAUUUUAUAGCGUAUUAUAUUUUUGGAACAGAACAGAAUAAUCGAAAAGCGUUGAUUUUGUGUUUUAUAUUAAUUUAAUUCGAUGUUUUGUUUUUAAGAAAUGAAGACGUGCCUUUGUUUUAUAUUAAUUGUAUUAUGUCGAAUAUAAGUAUAAUUAAGUACAUAAUAUUAUAAGUUAUAUUAUAAUGUAAAAUCAUAUUUUUUGUAUCCAAAUAGGUUACGAGGUAAUCGUUUUUAAUUUAAGAUAAUGAUAAUGAAAAUGUCUAUGCGAAAUAAUUUACAUUUGCCACAAGUAAUAUCACGCUAAUACAACGCCUUUGAUCUCGUAGUAAAGGCUGGGAACAUCUAAAUAAUGUCGUGGCGAUCACAACACAAUAAUAUAGUAAUAAUCUAAAUCCAAAUCCGGUUAGCAAGAGUUUUGCAAUUUCUCACAUCACAAGUAGUACCAUUUUUACAUCGUAAUUUAAAAUCACUUUUGUUCUUAUACUUAUAAUAAUAUUUCUACGUACUUUAAAACAUGCCCAGCAGCCCUUAAAUAGUGUCCCGAGCUGCUAACAAAAUGGCAUAUGUAGCUCGGGCUCGUUCCUCCCUGUCUCCCCUUACCCCCGCACGUUGGACCUGUCUAAACGUCAUUAUUGAACGACUGUAUGGAUUUUUAAUUUGUGGUUAUAUCAUGUAAAUCAUUUCUCAACGACACAACCUGUCAUAAUAAUCAUAUUCUCAAAUAUUUAAAUAUUAACUUAUCUUGCCUAGAUUAUAUUAGUCUUCAAAUUGUAUAGAUCUAUUUUAACAGCUAUAGUAGUUAUGCAUGUAAUCAAAGAAAUGUAUUUAGCAAUAAAUAAUCAUGGUUA